ACAAACCUUCCUCCCCGACAUCCUCCCCCUCUCCCGAUUUCGCCCAAAGUUCCCAUCUCUCCCAAAACCCUCGCUGAUGCACGCCCCCGACUGGUUUCGCCCAUAACCAUCGCCUAGAGGAAACGACGGGACUGCGGCUUACAGAGACCGUCGCAACUCCCAUCUUUCUCAUUAUUUCUCUCCGCUCCCUACCAGAAACUACUGAGGAAGAAUGCAAGAGAAAGAAGCUACCAUUGGUCUCUCAUGGGCUCCAAAAGUGCCGAUGUUUUCUGCUGGAAAGAAGGGCAACUCGGUGCAUUCACUUAGUUUACCAGAAACUUCUAUCUGGAAGGCUGACAGUGAACUUGUUGAUGGGUUGUAUGUGCCGCCAAGGGAGCCAAAAAAGUUGAAUAAGUUGCUGAAGAAAAGUAUGAAAGACACGACAGGAAAAAAUUGGUUUGAUAUGCCAGCUCCAGUAGUCACCCCAGAGCUAAAAAUGGACCUUGAAAUUCUGAAGUUGAGGAGUUUUAUUGAUCCUAAAAGGCAUUUCAAGAAGGGGGAUAAGUCCAAAGCGCCACCGAAGUAUUUCCAGGUUGGAACAGUGGUGGAACCAGCAUCUGAGUUCUUCUCAGGCAGGCUGACAAAGAAAGAGAGGAAAUCUACAUUGGCCGAUGAACUACUCUCUGAUGGCACCUUCCGUGCAUACAGGAAGCGAAAAGUUGAAGAAAUAAAUGAGAGUCGGCGACCCGGUGGAGUUGCUAAAUGGAAGAUCCAGGGAAGGACGACGUGGAAAAGGUCCGGCGAAAGAAGAAGCAGGGGGUGACUUUCUCUUCAUUGUCGCUUCGGAUUACUAUUCAUGUUAUUCACUGCAAAUUUGACAUUAUUGAUGUUUGGAUAUUAACUUAUAGUUGGAAGUUCUAGUUCAUUAGAGCCGCUUUGGAAGCUUGUUUGAAAACUAGAGUUUUUAAAAAAUUGUCGUGAGUGAAAUAGGUCUCUUUUCCAAAUACAUGUGUUCCCAAAAUUGUUACACUUUACCAUAUCGGUUUAUGAAAAAAUCUGCGCGCUA